AUGAAGUCAACAAUUGCACAGCUGCUUGCAAUAUACCGUCCACAUAAAAGAAGACAUAAAUCUCAAUUGAAUCAAAAAAAUUCUGACCAGACUUCUCCUAGUCAGAGUUCAGUCAUGAAUAUCAGUUUGAUUGCCAAAAAAAUUAAUUCAAUUGAAAGAGAAAAAUCAAUGAGAAGUCUUUCAGUGAAAAAACGAAAAGAAAAACACUUCUUUUUGAAAGACGGUGCUAGAUCUGUAGAGCCACCAUUGCUCCCUACAAUAAAAUCGACCACUCCCGAUAUAAGAACUCCGAUCAAAUCUGAAGUUAGAUUUGCUGCUUUGGACUUAUCAUUAGAAGAUGACAUGAAGAAGUUAGACUCAAUAAUAAGUAGAAAUCAUACCGCAAGAAACGACCUUUUACUUGUUCAAAAACAGAUUUUUGAUUUAGGCGUCAACAAAUUGAUGAAAAAUAAGCGCUUUUUAAGCAUGUAUGAUGGAAUUGAAAAUAUCAGUUUGGAACAAAUCGACGAAUCUCUGAGCAAGCCCAGUGCAAUUGACCCAUACCAAAUGGACUGUAAAAAAUCAACUUUCAGAAGGACAAGACUUCCUCCAAUCGCUAACGUGUAA